AUGGAUCCUAGAACUAUUGGAGUAUUGGGUGGUGGUCAGUUGGGUAGAAUGUUAGUAGAAGCAGCUUCACGGCUAAAUAUAAAAAUUGUAAUUCUCGAUACAUCAAGUAACGCUCCGGCCAAACAAAUACAAGCCACCCAAACGCAUAUUCAUGGAGACUUCAAAGAUCCUUAUAAAAUCAAAGAACUUGCCAAAGCAGCUGAUAUUUUAACAAUAGAAAUUGAACAUGUAAAUGCUGAUAUUUUGGAAACUCUGAUGAAUGAAAAUGCUGUUUUAGUGCAUCCUUCUCCUUCUACAAUUAGACUCAUUCAAAAUAAAUUCUCUCAAAAAACCCAUUUAUCCAAACACAACAUUCCAGUUGUAAAUUUUAUUGAUGUCCCCACAAAAGAUGAUUUAUUAAUUGCAAUCGAAAAAUUUGGGUAUCCUUUAAUGCUGAAAUCUAAAACCCUCGCGUAUGAUGGUCGUGGUAAUUACCUUUUACGCACUGAAGAUGAAAUAUCAAAUGCUUUGGAAUCUUUAGGAAAUUUCAAAACGCCGUUAUAUGCUGAAAGAUGGGCUUCGUUUACUAAAGAGUUGGCUGUUAUGGUUGUUAGAAGAGCUAAUGGGGAAGUCAAAAGUUAUCCUGUAGUUGAAACAGUGCAAAAAGAGAAUAUUUGUCAUUUGGUUAUUGUACCGGCUCAAGUAAAUGAUUUAAUCUUAGAAAAAGCUAAAACUAUAGCAGAAAAUGCCAUAUUAACUUUGGACGGCGCUGGAGUUUUUGGCGUUGAAAUGUUUUUAAUGAAUGAUGGUCACAUAUAUGUGAAUGAGAUUGCACCACGUCCUCACAAUUCAGGUCAUUACACAAUUGAAGCAUGUGAAACUUCUCAAUACGAAAAUCAUAUACGUUGUAUAUUGGAUCUUCCGUUAGGUAGCACUGCUCUAAAAGUACCCGCUGCUGCAAUGAUAAAUGUUCUUGGAAAAUCUGACGAUUUACAAGAAACCUUACGCCCAUGUGCUGAGUCAUUAUCCAUUCCUGGCGUUACUAUUCAUUUAUAUGGAAAACAGGAUUGUAGAAAAGGUCGAAAGAUGGGGCAUAUCACCGUUGUAUCUGAUUCUAUUUCACGAUUAUUUUUAAGAAUUAAACCAAUACUAGAAGCAAUCAAUGAAAAUGAAAGUGAUAUUUUGACCACGAUGAAAUUCAAACCACUUGUUGGAAUUAUAAUGGGUUCUGAUUCUGAUUUGCCAGUUAUGAAACCUUGUGCUGAAAUAUUAAAAUCAUUUGAUGUCCCAUUUGAGUUAUCGAUUGUUUCGGCACAUAGGACACCACAUAGAAUGUUUGAGUAUGCAAAAAAUGCCCAUAAAAGAGGACUAAAAGUUAUUAUAGCUGGUGCCGGUGGUGCUGCCCAUUUGCCUGGAAUGGUAGCUGCUUUGACUCCACUGCCAGUUAUUGGUGUACCUGUUAAGGGUAAAACCUUGGAUGGUUUGGAUUCUUUAUAUAGUAUCGUGCAGAUGCCGAGAGGAAUACCUGUAGCCACUGUAGCAAUUAAUAAUUCAACAAAUGCUGCAAUCUUGGCGGUUAGGCAACUUGGGGCAUUUAUUCCUGGGUAUUUAGAGAAAAUGCAAGAAUUUAUGGAAAAACAAGAGAAUGAAGUUUUGGCGAAAGUUGAUAAGUUAGAAGAAGUUGGUUGGGAAAGUUAUUAA